UAUUAUAAUUACUUUUGUCUCAGUGUUCAGUUCUAAUAUUAAUUUCCCUUUGCCUGCAUUCGAACUCUCCACCAGCCUUGGAUUGUUUACCUGUGAUGGUUCCUCAGCAAACUAGUUAGUGUGUUCCUUGGGGGAAGGCUACAGGCGCCACACUCUUGGUAAACCGAAAAAAGGUCCCAGCGGAAAAGCACAUCCUCACCGACACACCCAAAUACCCCUUGUGUUACCAUCUAGUACUCUCCCCGCUUUCUCGCUGUACACAAGCGACGUUCAGGUGGGAGCCGGGGUCGGGAUGGGAAGCUUCUUCAGAAGUAUCUAUGACUGGUUGCUCAGAAUGUUCUGGGCGACCGAAAUGGAUGUUACGAUGGUUGGUCUUCAGAACGCAGGAAAAUCGUCGCUGUUGCGAGUUUUAGCGGGUGGUGAAUUCACAAUCGACUCGAUACCAACCAUCGGGUUUAACACCAAGCGUGUGCAAAAAGGCCAUGUAACGCUGAAGUGUUGGGACCUUGGUGGUCAACCAAGGUUUCGACCGAUGUGGGAGAGGUACUGCCGUGGAGUGCAUGCCAUCGUGUAUAUCGUCGACGCGGCCGAUAGGGAUGCUUUGCCCAUGGCGACAGAUGAACUCCAUGAGCUUGUCAGCAAGCCGUCUCUCGAUGGAAUCCCUCUUCUCGUUUUAGGCAACAAAUCAGAUCUGCCUGACAAGUUGUCAGUGGAUGAAUUGAUCGAAGAGAUGGACCUGAAGUCAAUUACUCGGCGGGAAGUCAGUUGCUACGGCAUCAGCGCCAAAGAAGAAACAAACCUGGAUGCAGUGCUGCAUUGGUUGAUUGGGCGUUCGAGCAAGUAAUAGCCUGCUUGUUUCAAUGAUCUAGUUUCAUCUUAUCAGGUGUAUUGUGACGGGGUUGGGAUCGGCUUCUUUUGAUCUUUGUGCAUUCGGGUUUGGGACUUUUGCGCUCUCGCUUUAUCACCGCUUUCUUCGUCCCCUAUUUCUUUUUUUUCCCCCCUAAUCUCUUUUCUUGAAUAACGGCUGCCAAUGUUGAUCUCAUGCUGUUUGUCGCCAUUGUAAUCCGACUUUUCGCUGUGGAGGAUCUUUUUUUUUUUUUUUUUGUAACUUUGGAUAGUAUCUCUGGCUGUUAAUCAAUCAUGGGUGACUGGAGCUGAAGCAUGUGUGAGCUGAUGCUCAUGACCAGGACAUCUCCCAUCAAAACCAAGAUGUCGAGGUGAGAGAAUUUCAUUCAUAUAUAAGGCCCGUCUUCAAGCAAGAAUAUUCUCGAAUAAUUUAAA